AUGAGUGAACCGAUGAAUAAUUUUAACUACGGCAGUAAUAUGCAGCCAGGCAGCAUGCCAAUGCCAAGCAAUAUGGGCUUGCCACCGCAUGAUCCAGGAUUUCAUUACGUACCUGCAGGAAUGCAUCAAGUGUCUGGAGUUCAGGCAAAUCAGCCUCCUCCGGUACCACCCAGAAUAGACCUGAACCAAGCCCUCGCUCAACCGUCCUACGGCAAUCAAAUGGGCACCUAUGGUGGCAUGGGAUCUAUGGGUGGGAUGGGAGCUUAUGGAGGAAUGGGAUCUUAUGGUGGGAUUGGAUCCUAUGGAGGAAUGGGUAUGGGAAUGGGAGGAUAUGGCGGGUAUGGAGGACUAGGUGGUUAUGGAAUGGGAGGAAUGGGGGGUAUGUAUGGGGGCUACAACCGAUUCAUGGACAACUAUGAAACAAGGCUACCUACUCUGAAAGGUCUACUUGAUCCUUGUAAGAGAAACCGAAUGAUGUUCGAAGAUUAUGUUAAAGCAGCAAACAUGAUGGAGGCAGCAAAACAUAACCGAAGUCCUUGGAAGUUGAUAGAUGACGACCCUACUGGCGAUAAAUUGGGGUUCAUACAGAUGGCUGAGGAGCGGUCUCGUCCAGCGUUUGAGUCCAUCCAGAGCCUGGUGAAUGCAGUAGGCAGCGUGGCUAUGAUGCUGGAGAGCACCUUCUUCGCUAUGACCAGUUCUUUUAGGGCUGUUUUGGGGGUGGCAGAAAACGUCGGUAGACUGCGAUCGCUCUUUGCACAGUUCUGGUCCACCUUCGCAGUGGUACGGACCCUGAACUGGAUCAUUAGGAAGCUGAUGGUCCUCAUUGGAAUCAGGACUGAGAAUGAAUUCCAGGCGUGGGCCGAAGCUGUGGCAUCAACACAGCAAAACGGUCUCCCUGCCCAGGGACCUGAGGGUAUCCGCUACUCCGGAUGGCCAGUGAUCAUGUUCUUCGCCGUUGUGGCAGCCGCACCAUACAUCGUGCUGAAGAUGAUGACCAGACUUAACACUACUAUACAGGAGAAUUUGGCUGACCCAGCAACGUGGCAGAAUCCCCCAAAAGCGGUCGCCAAUUACACCUUUACGGCCACAUCUCCUCAGGAGCUCACCAUCCAUGAGAACCAGAUCUUCCAAGUGGCUCCCAUGCAGCUUCAACAGCAUUUAAUGCAAUCUGGAUGGCUCAUGGCUACCACAGACGGGAAGACCGCUGGUCUAGUACCAGUAAAUUACUUUAGAAUCAUCACACCAGCCCCAACUGAACAAAACCAAGGAAACAACACUCAAAAUAUUGCCCCUCCUCCCGGUUUACAGAAAAAGACAACCUAA